AUGGCCGUCUCCGCACCUCCGGUGAUCUCUGCAACUUCCAGCGGCACAGGCGUCGCGGGGGGCUUAUUUCGGGCCGAACCCCUGUACUCGACUCCUGGAGAGCCUCCUCGUCUCACCCCCAAUAUGAUCAACAGUUUCAUGGCUAAUAACCACAGCGGCAGCGCGGGGGCUGGCGGGGUCGGUAGUGCCAGCGGAGGCAGCGGCAACACCAACACCAACGAGUGCAGGAUGGUCGACAUGCAUGGGGUGAAGGUAGCUUCGUUCCUGUUGGACGGCCAGGAACUGAUCUGCCUGCCGCAAGUCUUUGAUCUCUUUCUCAAGCACCUGGUGGGAGGGUUGCAUACAGUGUACACCAAGCUGAAGAGACUGGACAUAUCUCCGGUGGUGUGUACUGUCGAGCAGGUCCGGAUCCUCCGCGGGCUGGGGGCCAUCCAGCCCGGGGUCAACCGCUGCAAACUCAUCACCAGGAAAGACUUUGAAACUUUGUUCACCGAUUGCACCAAUGCCAGAAGGAAGAGGCAAAUGACAAGAAAACAAGCUGUUAACAGUUCAAGGCCUGGCAGGCCUCCUAAGCGUUCUUUGGGAGUGUUGCAGGACAAUGCUCGCCUUCUGCCCCAUUCAGUUCCAGGCCUCUUAUCACCAGGACUUAUCACUCCGACAGGUAUAACAGCUGCAACAAUGGCUGAGGCGAUGAAGCUGCAGAAGAUGAAGCUUAUGGCUAUGAACACUCUUCAGGGAAAUGGAAGCCAAAAUGGGACCGAAUCAGAGCCUGAUGAUCUUAAUUCUAAUACAGGUGGAAGUGACUCUUCCUGGGAUAAGGAUAAGAUGCAGUCUCCUCUUGCUGCUCCUGGACCCCAACACGGAAUUGCUCAUGCAGCCCUGGCUGGCCAGUCAGGCCUUGGAGGAGCUCCUACCCUCAAUCCACUGCAGCAGAACCAGCUGCUGGCCAAUAGACUGGAUCUGCCAUUUAUGAUGAUGCCUCAUCCCCUACUUCCAGUCAGCUUACCUCCUGCAUCAGUUGCCAUGGCAAUGAAUCAGAUGAACCAUCUCAAUACUAUUGCCAACAUGGCUGCUGCAGCCCAGAUUCACAGUCCACUCUCCAGAGCUGGGGCCUCAGUUAUAAAGGAACGGAUCCCAGAGAGUCCUUCUCCUGCUCCUUCUCUGGAAGAGAGUCAUCGCCCUGGGAGCCAGACCUCCUCCCACCCCAGCAGCAGCGUGUCCAGCUCUCCCUCUCAGAUGGAUCACCAUUCAGAGAGAAUGGAAGAGGUACCCGUUCAAAUUCCAAUGAUGAAGUCACCUCUGGACAAGAUCCAAUUGACUCCUGGGCAGGCAUUGCCUCCUGGAUUCCCUGGACCAUUCAUUUUUGCUGAUAGUCUGUCCUCUGUGGAGACUCUGUUGACCAACAUUCAGGGUCUACUGAAAGUGGCUUUGGAUAAUGCUCACAUCCAAGAGAAGCAGACUCAACAAGAGAAAAAGGAACUGCGAAUGGAGCUCUAUAGAGAGAGAGAAAUUAGAGAAAACCUUGAAAGACAACUCGCAGUUGAGCUUCAAAGCAGAACUACCAUGCAAAAGCGCCUGAAGAAGGAGAAAAAAGCAAAGAGGAAACUACAAGAAGCCUUAGAAUUUGAAUCAAAGCGAAGGGAGCAAGUGGAGCAAGCACUUAAGCAAGCUACUACUAGUGACAGUGGAUUGAGGAUGUUGAAAGAUACUGGGAUUCCAGAUAUUGAAAUAGAAAACAGUGGAAAUCCUCAUGAUAGUACUUCUAUGCAAGGAGGUAACUAUUACUAUUUAGCAAUGGCACAACAGUUUUAUUCGUCCUGAAAGGUCUUCGCUGGCUUUACAUAAAUGAAGAUGCUUGUGAUUCCAGUUUAUCUCUGAAACUAUUCAACAUGGAGUUAAUUCAAUUGUGUUUAUCAGCAAAGCUUUGUUUACCGAAGCAGUUAUUCAAUCUAUAUUACAUUUUUUUAAAGAAAGAACGUGUGUACAUUUUAAAAGCAAUGACGUAAACUCUGUUUUUGCAAUUGAUUGACCAAUUUAAGAAUAUGAGCUAAAUCCUAAUGACUAAAGUAACUUGACCAUAUUUGAUGCUUUUCUAUGCUCACUUCAGCUUGGCUUUUUGUCUUUUAAGGGAAAAAAUGUGGUAGUGUGUUAGAGACUAGAAACAUAUGUAUGGUUUCUCUGUUCUACCAUAUAUUAAGUUAAA